AUGAGCCAAUACAAUCGCUACGGUGGCUCUGGCCACCCCUACGAACCUUAUACUAGCUCACAGCAGCAGCAACCGCAACACUACAAUAACCAAGAUGCGCAAUCCGCCUACCCUUCAGACUCGCAGUAUCAAUACAAUCAGCAGCACUCUUACGGCGCCUACGACAAUCAGCAGCCUGAGUAUCAAGAGGCGCCCGUAAAGCCACAAAGACAACCGUCCAGGCUGAGGUCCAAUUCUUCGAGCAGCCGCUCAGCCACACACACUCCGGCUUUUUACAACACCGACAUCCCCCCUGUCCCGUCCAAUCUCUCCGUCGCGAGACAGAGGGCAGAUCCGAGUCACUCUCUUCCUCCUUCCUCUUCAGCCUACGCUUCUAACUCAAACGUUCCUGGCAGCUACCAACACCCCAGCCACUGGGAUCCCAACGCAUCCUACGACACGGCUCCCAGCGCUCCUCUCUACGAUCCCACGCCUCUCCCGGGGUCCGGCCAGCUCAACGCAAACCCUUCGCAGCACAGCAUCGACCUUGGCGCGCACGAUUCAAAUACCUACGACCACGCCAUGCAGCAAAACUAUCCCUACGGCGGUUCAGCUGCCUUUCAGCGCUCCGAAAGCUAUCAGUCACGCAGGCCCGCUGCCAACGGCUACUAUUCGGUAGACGAUGAAAAGAGCACGUACUCCAAACACAGCAACCACCCUCCUGGCUCUUGGAAUGCAGGCGCUCCCGCCAUGCCGUACAAUGACAUGCCCGCCUCGCACUCGAUGGUUCAGAUGGGCCAGCCUGGCUAUCCCCCGACUCCCUACGGCGACUACGAGAUGCACGCUCAAGGCAUGCCCGAGCCCAACGCAUCCGUUGGGGGCCUCGGCGUACCGGGUGCCGUCAUCGCUGCUGCGCCCAUGUACAGCAUGCAGCACCAGGACUCGACCUUCCAGCGUGAGAACCGCGACCGCAUCAUGCGCAAGCGUACCGUAAAGCGCAUUCCGCUCCAGGACGGCAACCUCGUGCUCGACAUCCCCGUCGCCUCGAGCAUCAGCAAAUCCUCCUCCAGCAACCCCGAGUUUCGCGAGAUGCGCUACCAGGCUUGCACCUCGGACCCCGAUCGCUUCAUCGAGGAAAUGUACACGCUCCGUCCCUGGCUCUACGGCAGACAGACCGAGAUGGCCAUCGUGCUCACCUGCUACAAUGAGGACGAUGUGCUCUUUGCAAGGACCAUGGGCGGUGUCAUUAAAAACAUCGCCCACCUCUGCAGCCGGUCACGCUCCAAAACUUGGGGUCCCGAUGCUUGGAAGAAGGUGGUCGUCAUCAUCGUCGCCGACGGCCGAAAGAAGGCCAACGAACGCAUGCUCAAGGCGCUCGGCUUGAUGGGAUGCUAUAAUGAGGGUGUCAUGAAGGACCAUGUGCUCAAGAAACCGGUCGAAGCGCACAUUUUCGAAUACACCACUCGCGUCCAGGUCACGGAGAAGGGCGAGGUGCAAGUCACGCCCUGCCCCAUCCAGGUCGUCUUUUGUCUCAAGGAGCAAAACAAGAAGAAGCUCAACAGCCACCGAUGGUAUUUCAACGCCUUUUGUAAGAUGCUGCAACCCAACGUCUGCAUCCUCCUCGAUGUCGGCACAAAGCCGCAGGGCACGUCGAUCUACGAGCUUUGGAAGAGCUUUGACAAGCAUCCACGGGUUGGAGGUGCUUGCGGUGAGAUUUGCGUCGACAAGGGACGUGGUUGCGUUCUGCUCUUGAAUCCGCUCGUCGCAUCGCAGAAUUUCGAGUACAAGAUGUCGAACAUCCUCGACAAGCCUACCGAAUCCGUCUUUGGCUUUAUCUCGGUGCUCCCCGGUGCCUUUUCCGCCUACCGGUACAAGGCGCUCCAAGGGCGACCCCUGGAAAUGUACUUCAAGGGCGAGAAGCUGCACUCGGGUGAAGGCAGCAACUCGAUCUUCGAGGGCAACAUGUAUCUCGCCGAAGAUCGCAUCCUCUGCUUUGAGCUCGUUACCAAGGAGCGCGAAGCUUGGCUCUUGCGGUACGUCAAGGCGGCCAAGGCUUACACCGACGUCCCCGACAAGGUGCCCGAGUUCAUCUCGCAGCGUCGACGUUGGCUGAACGGCUCACUUUUCGCAUCCUAUUACGCAACCUGGCAUUGGUAUAAGAUCUUCACCUCAGGUCAACCCUUCCUCCGCAAGAUGUGGCUGCUCUUCCAGGUCAUCUACAACUUGGUCGUGCUGGUUUUCAGCUGGUUUGCCAUUGCCAACUUUUUCCUCGCCUUUUACUUUUUGCUCAACGCGUCUGUCAGUUCGACCGGAAGCGAUCCGUUUGGUGGACAGGGUGCGGCGGUCAUCGAGAUCUUCCAGAAUAUUUUCAUCGCCAUGUUCAUCGUGGUGCUGGUUUGUUCGCUCGGCAAUCGACCUCAAGGAUCCAACUUUGCUUAUACCUCUGCCAUCCUGAUCUUUGCGCUCAUCAUGGGACUGGCACUGUACGCGGCCGGCUAUACGACCUACCUGUCCAUCAAAGCCGCGGGCCUGACGCACAAGAGCGGAUGGAAGAUCGACAACAUCGAGACGCUCUUCAAGACUUCUGGAUUCCGCGAUAUCGUCAUUUCGCUCGCGGCGACAUACGUCAUGUGGCUGGUGUGCUCCUUCUUGCACUUCGAACCUUGGCACAUUUUCACGAGCUUCGUACAGUAUCUGUUCUUGACCCCGACCUAUCUUAUUGUUCUAUCGGUCUAUUCCAUGUGCAACACCAACGAUUUGUCGUGGGGUACCAAGCAGUCGACCGGCCCGGCGACCGAUCUAGGCGGUGCAACGGGCUCCGGCCCGAAGCAAGACGGAAAGGGAGAGAUGGUCGAGGUCAAGAUCCCUACCUCGGCUGAGGAUGCUGAGGAGUUGUGGGCGCACUACCGACAGACACUAUCGCAGCCUACGGCCGAGGUCAAGCAGAAGCGCGACAAGGCGACGAAACAGGAGGACCACGCCAAGAACUUCCGAACCAAUCUGGUGCUCAUCUGGAUGUGCACCAACGCAGCAGUGGUGAUCGUGUUUACAAGCACAUGGUGGAACAAGUACGUGCGCAAUCACAUCUACGCCGAUGCGGUGCGUCGAGGCGAGCCGGUGAUCAACCCGUACCAGUCAGUCAUCUUUUGGUCGACGGCCGGUCUGUCGGCCGUUCGUUUCGUGGGCAGUAUCGCUUUCCUGAUUCUGCGCGUAUUCGGACACUAG